AUGACUGCCGCCCCUGCUGCCAUCCCCCAGCUCAAGACGAACAAGCCGGAGGGCAUCGACCUCUACGCUCGUUUUGCUCUUGCCGGUGCGCUGGGUUGCUCUAUCACCCACUCUGCUUUCACUCCGGUCGACAUGUAUGUGACCUUUAUCGGCUCUAGUUCUGGCUCUAGCUCCUUUUCGCCAGUUAUCCGCAACGAAGGCAUCGGCGCUCUCGCAACAGGCUUUGGCCCAACCUUUGCCGGCUAUUUCAUGCAAGGUGCCUUUAAAUUCGGUGAUUACGAAUUCUUCCAGCAGAAACUUGUCGAUGUUCUCGGCGCAGAAAAGGCGAAGCAGAAUCGUACAGCCGUUUAUAUUGUUUUCGCUGGUUGUGCUGAGUUCUUCGCCUCAAUUGCGCUCUGUCCCCUGGAAGCAACACGUAUUCGCCUUGUCUCGACACCGGGCUUUGCUGGUGGCCUGAUCGGUGGUUUCGGAAAGAUUUUGAAGAAUGAGGGCAUCGGCGCCUUUUAUUCUGGCUUUGGUCCUAUCCUGUUCAAACAGGUUCCUUAUACAAUAACGAAAUUUGUUGCUUUUGAAAAGGUUUCCGAGGCUAUCCUGAGCCAGUUUGAUGACAAGUCCCAAAUGUCAGCUGGCGCCUCGACCGCUGUGAACUUGGGAUCUGGCCUGAUUGGUGGUUUCGCGGCCGCCAUCGUGUCUCAGCCUGCCGAUACAAUGUUGUCCAAAAUCAACAAAACGAAGGCUUUGCCUGGUGAGGGCACUGUUUCUCGGUUGAUCAAGAUUGCUGGCGAGCUUGGUCUACGCGGGUCUUUUGCUGGUCUCCCAACGCGUCUGUUCAUGGUCGGUGGUCUCACUGCGGGCCAAUUUGCCAUCUACGGUGAUAUCAAGAAACUCUUAGCCAAGUGUGCUUCUUUUCCCUUUACUUCAUUUGACACGGACUUAAACUAA